AUCUCCAAGUAGAUAGACCCUAUUCGUUAUUUUGAAAAACUAGUUUAGCAAUAAAUCCAGAAAAAUGUCGAGUGCUUUAGAAGUGGACAAUCUGGAGGAAGCUAAGAAGUUGGUGCGAGAUUUGAGACAGAAAACAAGAGCCCAAGCUCAACAAAUCAUGGCAUGGCGGAAAGCGUAUAAAAUGCAAGAAAUAAUGAUUUCUCGUAUAGAAAGAGAAAAAAGCGAUCAACUCAAAGCACUCAGUUCAAAGCUCCUCCUGUUCGAAUCAAGACUGAUCCGAAAACAAAAAGACAUAUCAACGAUGCUUAAUAUCAGAGAAACAAUUAUUCAGCGCCAACAGAAAAUUAUUGAAACAUUGGCGAACCGGCUGGAAGACAAUGGCCUAGAGGUACCUGCACAAUCAGAAAUUACAGAAUUAGAGUUUGCAUUUCCAGAUUUCGAGUCAUUAAAUGAUUCCGAUAGUGCUGUGGUUAUGGAAGACUUGGACUGUGAAAAUACAUAUCAUGUUGCGAAAUUUAGAAAUUUGGAUGGAGUUACUGUUGUGAGAUCAAUAUCAGAUGCCAUCGAUCCAAAUUUAAAAUACUCUUCGGUAAGAAGAAAUAAUGGUUUUCUGAGACGUCCUGAGAUCCUGGAAACCGUGUACAGUGUUGAAGAAGAUGGUGACAAUGACCAAGAGAACAAAAUUGAUGCAAAUAAAAGAAGAGAAUCAUUUGCAAAUACAGGUGGCAAGUCAAAUUGCAAUAAUGAAAGUCAAGUUAUCAGAGACAAAUCACUAGAAGAGAAUAUCGUUAAUAAAAAUAGUUCAACAAAUGAAAACAUGGUGGUGGAGAAUUCUUGUUAUAAUUCGGAAAAACCAACUGAAGGUACAGAAGAAAAUUCCAAAAACCAGGUAAAAAAAUACAAUCGCGUAAUGUCGAAUCACCGGUCUGUCACAAAACCGAAGGAUGUCAAGUACAAAAGAAUAAACAAGGCGAAGUCAAAAAGUUUGGAAGAACUGCGAGGGAAACUCAAAAAUUGGGUUGAACAAGGAACAAAAAUCUCUAGUUUUUCCUUGGAACAUAGUCAGAGCUAUGCUUAACCAAUUUCAAAGUCUGCUGCUUAUUUUUAUUUUAUAAAGUUGUGUUUUACAAUUUUAUUUUUUUAGUACAGGAUGCGUCACUAUUUUAAACAAAAACGAACAGUCCGUCAGCAUGGCAGCCAUGGUGUUUUUCAUGCAUUACUUUGUAUAUAAAAAGGUUCUAUCAUGACAAUAUUAGUAGCUUUUCUAAUCAAAUAGGCGUUAUCUUAGAAACAAUCACUUCUUUUUUUGGGUAUGACAGCGAUUUUACUGUUGAAAACUGUUUCCUAAAGCAAUGAGUCAUUGAUAAAUUGCAAAUAAGCAGCUUUGGUAGAUUUUUCUUUUAAGCAAAUGGUGAUGGUAAAGCAUUCCGAAUCUCUAUGGCAGGCAUGGGUGUUUCAUUGACAACAUGGGUCAUUCACAUGAUUACAGUAAUCCGUAUCAGUAUUUAAGCAUUUACAAAAUAAAUUUAAAAGCAGCUUAGCUUUUUAGUCCGUCAUACAUACAUUUACUUGACAAUAACAUAUUUGAUGAUUUGUUUAAUAUUUAGGCUUAGCAUGUGCUUUCGAUUUUUUUCCUAGAAAAUCUCAAUCUUUCAGCAAUUCCGAAAUGUGUAUCAAUCUAUUGACAAUCAUUUAUGAAUAUUAGCAAUCUUGUGACGUACGCCAAACA